CUUUUCGCCCGGGCUGCGCUCGGACAUGGCGGCGGAUCUGAGCGCGGAGCGGCUGCGCUCGCUGCCCGCCAGCUGGAGCUACGGCAUCAGCCGCGGCGGCCGCGUCUUCUUCAUCAACGAGGAAGCGAAGAGCACGACCUGGCUGCACCCGCUGACGGGAGAGGCUGUGAUCACCGGGCACCGCCACAGCCCAGAUCUACCCACAGGCUGGGAGGAAGCAUAUACUUUUGAAGGUGCAAGAUAUUACAUAAAUCAUAAUGAACGAAAAGUGACUUGCAAGCAUCCAGUCAAUGGGCAGCCAUCACAAGACAACUGCAUUUUUGUUGUGAAUGAACAGACUGCAGCAACUAUGACAUCUGAAGAAAAGAAAGACCGGCCAGUAAACAUGAUAAGUGAAGCUGCACACUAUAAUUUGACAUCAGAUUAUGCUGCACAUCCAAUGAGUCCUCUGGGCAGAACAUCUCGCUCUUCAAAGAAAGUUCAUAAUUUUGGGAAGAGGUCAAAUUCAAUAAAAAGGAACCCUAAUGCACCUGUCGUUAGACGCGGCUGGCUUUAUAAGCAGGAUAGCACUGGCAUGAAGCUCUGGAAAAAACGAUGGUUUGUUCUUUCUGAUCUGUGCCUCUUCUACUAUCGUGAUGAAAAAGAAGAAGGAAUAUUAGGGAGUAUACUUCUUCCCAGCUUUCAGAUAUCCAUGCUUUCUUCUGAAGAUCACAUCAAUCGGAAGUAUGCUUUUAAGGCAGCUCAUCCAAAUAUGAGGACCUAUUAUUUCUGCACAGAUACAGGGAAGGAAAUGGAGUUAUGGAUGAAAGCCAUGAUAGAUGCAACUCUUGUACAGACAGAGCCUGUGAAAAGAGCAGACAAGAUAACUGCUGAAAACACACCACCUCGCGAAGUGAAUAACAUUGCAAACCACCGGGUGCUAAUUAAACCAGAGAUGCAGAAUAAUCAGCGGAACAAAGAAGUGAGCAAAAUGGAAGACAAAAAGGCUUUGGAAGCAGAAAAAUAUGGAUUUCAAAAAGUUGGGCGUGAUAAUAGACCCUUAACAAAAAUCAACAGUGUAAAACUGAAUUCGGUGGGGUCAGAUUAUGGGAGUUUGCCAGCAAGCACGGUUCCAUCAGGUUACCACAGGCCCAUUCAUUUAAAUGGGUCAGAGAAAGCCGUCAACCUUAUUCUGGGGGACUCUGGAGAUGGAAUGCAUCACAAUGCCAUUCACUCACACAUAGAAUCUGAACGUGUUAUACAGAGAACUAAUUCAAUGCUGCAAUUGGAACAGUGGAUUAAAAUACAGAGAGGAAAGGGACAAGAUGAAGAAGCAAGAGGCAUUCUUUCAUAUCAAACUUUACCAAGAAACAUGCCAAGCCAUCGAGCCCAAGUUGUACCCCGGUAUCCUGAAGGUUAUCGAACCCUGCCAAGGAAUACCAAAACCAGGCCAGAAAGCAUCUGCAGUGUAACACCAUCUAUGUAUGACAAAACCCUUGGAUCGCUGCCCGCUGAGGACAAAAGGAGAUCUAUGCGUGAUGACACGAUGUGGCAACUCUACGAGUGGCAACAACGGCAGUUUUACAAUAAGCAAACAACUCUUACUAGACACGCAGGUUUCCAAGGAUACUCCCCGCAGAGGAACUACAGGUCAGAAGUGUCCUCACCAGUGCAAAGAGGAGAUGUUACAAUUGAACGCAGACAUAGGCCACAUCAUACCAAGCAGCAUGUCUUUGUGCCUGACAGAAGGUCGAUGCCAGCAGGUCUGAGUGUGCAGCCUAUUACUCCCCAGAGUUUGCAGGGCAAAACGCCAGAGGAGCUCACACUGUUGCUUAUAAAGCUGAGAAGGCAGCAAGCCGAACUGAGUAGUAUCCGAGAACACACAUUAUCACAGCUCAUGCAACUAAAACUUGAGGCCAGCAGUCCAAAGAAUGAGAUUCUUUCUCAUCACCUUCAAAGGAAUGCCAUAUAUUUGGAUCAUCAGAUGAAAGAGAAUGAACCUUUAAUCAUCAUGGUUCACACUAUGAUUGAGAACUCGGCGCUAAGACCACAACUGUACCAUCAACUGGCACAAGAUGAAUGUAGGGGUACUCUGUACAAAUACAGAUCAGAAGACCUGGAUAUUGAUACUAAGCUUAGCCGAUUAUGCGAACAAGACAAAGUGGUGCAGGCCCUUGAAGAGAAGCUUCAGCAGCUACACAAGGAAAAAUACACGCUUGAGCAAGCUUUGCUAUCAGCCAGUCAAGAGAUAGAAAUGAAUGCAGAAAAUCCAGCCGCCAUACAGAAUGUCAUCUUACAGAGAGAUGAUUUACAGAACGGACUCCUUAGCACUUGUCGAGAAGUGUCUCGAGCUACUGCGGAGCUUGAGAGAGCUUGGCGGGAAUAUGACAAACUAGAGUAUGAUGUAACAGUCACAAAGAGCCACAUGCAGGAACAGCUGGAGCGGCUGGGGGAAGUUCAGAGUGAGUCAGCUGGUAUAGAGCGUGCUCAAAUCCAGAAGGAGCUUUGGCGAAUUCAAGAUGUCAUGGAAGGUUUGAGUAAACAUAAGCAGCAAAGAAACAGCACUACAGAGGCAGGUAUCAUAGCAUCAAAGGCAUUUUCAUCUAAGUAUAAAAAUGAGGAAGAGGAAGUAGUCCCACCUCGUCCUCCACUCCCUCGGUCCUAUGACUUUGCAGAGCAUCCUCCCAUAAUACCCCCUCUGCCCAGUGAUAGCAGCUCCUUGCUCUGUUAUAGCAGGGGCCCAGUACAUCUCCCUGAAGAGAGGAAGAUUCACCAAGUUCAAGGAUACCAAAGAAAUGGAGCUCACUGUGGUCCCGAUUACCGGCUUUAUAAAAGUGAGCCUGAGCUAACAACUGUGGCAGAAGUUGAUGAGUCAAACGGAGAAGAAAAGGCAGAGCCAGUUUCUGAGUCAGAAACUUCUGCAACUAAAGGCUCACAUUUUCCCAUUGGAGUUGUGCCUCCCAGAACAAAGUCACCAACUCCAGAAUCUUCGACAAUAGCUUCUUAUGUGACUUUGAGGAAAACUAAGAAGAUAGAUCUAAGAACGGAAAGGCCGAGAAGUGCAGUGGAACAGUUAUGCUUGGCAGAAAGUACUCGCCCUCGAAUGACUGUGGAGGAGCAGAUGGAAAGAAUAAAGAGACAUCAACAGGCCUGCCUGAGGGAAAAGAAGAAAGGACUGAAUAUUAUUGGCAUCUCAGAUCUAACUCCUUCACAAAGCCCAUCCCUUGUUAGAGAGAAUCCUUUUAAGUUGCCCCAGAACCAAAGGAAGGAUGAUUUUGUAUGCAUUACCAAGGAAUUAGAAUAUGCCAUGAGAGUGAAUGAUGUGGGCGAAAGCCAUCAAAAUUGUUCGGAAGAUGCUCCUUGGCUGAAAGAAAAUGCAAAUGAACAUAGUGGUGGUUUUAUUACACAGUUACCAAAAAAUGAAAACCAGGUGUCUUCAGAUGCGUUAGAGCCAAAGGACGGGAAUCUUGAACAGGCACCUGAAAUAGAAAAGUCUCAAGAUGCUAACAGCAGCCUAAAGGAUGAGGCCCCAGUUGUAAACCACAAACCUGAAAGCAGCACAGACGAGAGUGAAGAAACCAGCAUUCAAGAGCAGCAGGAGGAUGCUAUUUCUCCCUUUGAGAUACCAGCACAGACAUCAAGAGGAAACGCCACAGCAACAGCUCUCCCAGCUUCUGCUGAAACGAUUCAUGGCUAACAAAAUGGACCUAUGAAAAGAAGAAGAUAUUGUACAGUCAAUUUUAUGAAAUCUAUGAAAUUCAUAGUUCUGAUGCUUUUGACCAUAGAGCAUCGUUUUUAUCACUUCAUGGAAAAUGUUUAUUCCAAGAGAGCUUUAAAUACCCCCCAUGGUACCUUCAACAACUUGGAGAUUGUUCUUCUGACACCAGCCUGCUGCUGUUGCUGCUGUGAAUUCCAUCCACAUAACCAAGAGUUCUUUUUUAAUGUGCGGCCUACAAUCGGAACCUUCACCAGUGCAUUUUCCCUGGUGUUUGGUUUUUAAUUAUGGAUUCAAUUAAGUUUGUUUCCUUUUUAGCCUUCUUCAUUGGUUACUUUUACAGAUCACCACUUAAACCUCAUUUCUGCUUUUAAAAAUGGAUCAUGUAUUGUUUCCACCUUUUGAUUUGUAAAUGUUUUAUUCUCUAUUUAAAAUGUGCCAUUUUUUUUUUCAUUCUUGCCGGGUUAAGGUGUGCCCUAUUUCUGCUCUGUAAUUAUUUCUCGGUCAAGUUGCAAUGUCAGUUACUGCCAUACUGUCGUCAACAUAUACAUGAAUGUUAGUGUUUACUUUUUUGCUUUUAAAAAUAAUAAUGAAGGGAUAGGGACCUUGAGGAACUGGGCUCUUCCUCGGUUGGAGUAGGGUGUGUACAGCAAUAAGCAAGUAUUCAGUUCCCAGUUAGGUUUGUGUACAAAUGUAAUUAUGUUCAUUGUGUAUAUAUUAUACAAUGAGCACAACCAAUGUAAGUAUAAGAACCCACUUACUAUUGUUCAAAUGCAAAUGUUCAUAUCUCAUUUCUUUUAUAUCAUGUUAUAAAUAAAUGUUGAUGUUCUUAA